AUGGGCAUGAGCAAUGGAGGCGUUGCAAAUGACAAGCCCUUUAAGAUAUUUGUGGGUUAUGAUCCACGAGAAGAUGUUGCCUAUGAGGUUUGUCGCCAUUCUAUUUUGAAGCGAUCCUCGAUCCCUGUUGAGAUCAACCCAAUUGUGCAGUCAGAACUUAGAUCCAAUGGCCUGUUUUGGCGCGAGAGAGGCCAGCUUGAGAGCACAGAGUUCUCUUUUACUCGUUUCUUGACACCCCAUUUGGCUAACUAUGAUGGUUGGGCAAUGUUCGUUGAUUGCGACUUCCUCUACUUAGCUGACAUUAAGGAAUUGAGAGAUUUGAUUGAUGACAAGUAUGCGAUCAUGUGUGUGCAACAUGAUUAUACGCCUAAAGAGGCCACGAAAAUGGAUGGGGCAGUGCAAACUGUGUAUCCGAGGAAGAAUUGGUCUUCCAUGGUUUUGUACAAUUGUGGGCAUCCGAAGAACAAGGUUCUGACACCUGAGGUUGUGAACACCCAUAAUGGUGCUUUCCUUCAUAGGUUUCAGUGGCUUGAGGACGAAGAAAUCGGUUCGAUCCCAUUUGUAUGGAAUUUUCUUGAGGGGCAUAACAACGUUGUGGAGGGUGACCCAACAACAUUCCCUAAAGCAAUACAUUAUACUCGUGGAGGGCCAUGGUUUGAGGCAUGGAAGAAUUGCGAGUUUGCAGAAUUGUGGUUGAAAGAGAAGCAAGAACUCAUGAAGGGAAGCAAAGAAAUAAUUCCAAAGUAG